AUGCCAUUGAUUUGCUCCGAUCCAAAAAUAGGCAUUUUGAUAGGUUUCGCUGCUUACGUAAUCUUAAAAAUGUGCUUGUUGAAGAUAGUUGGAGUGGCUCCGCAAAUAGCCAUGGAUUGGCUAGAAAAUGCAUUGGACGAAUACAGUCGUACGAUACAUCCACCACUUGUAUUGAUACUUUGUAUUUCUGGUUCGCUUGGUCAUCUCGUGUCCAUUGCCACCUUGUCUUCAAUGAUGAAUCCAACAAACGCAUUUCUCAUCAGUAUGUCAUGGUAA